AUCAAUCAGGUAACACCUCUGCACGAAACAACCAGGUGAAUUAUAGCCAACAGCAAUAACACACUCCACUGAACUUUUAAAAUAGCCUACAAAGGGAAUUAAGCGCACAAGUCCGUUUUAAUCAAGUGGGACUAUACGGCGAGCACAGACCCCAAAUGUAGUUGGCAGUGCUUUGCCAUUGUAAUGUUCUGCUCUGGCAAAGAUCUGGUUAAAUGCGGCACGGAUGACUGCUCCUCGCAGAGGUAACAGUAAUGGGAAAGAGCGGCUCAGUGGCAGAGAGCGCGCAGCAACGCCAAAAUCCCCAGCACCUGCCAGCACUUGACGGAAGAACGAGACGACAGAAGACAAGUCAGAUUGUUAAGGAAUAUUCCUUGGAUGUUUUUUAUUAUCGGAAAACAACGAGCAGUUGACAGACUCUUAGCUGUACCCCGGAGAGGCUGUGUUUGCUGCUUGAUGAAAUUUCAUGCAAUUCUUUGGGAACUUUUCGCAAACUGUUGAGACCGAUAGACUACGAGAUCUUGGACGUAUUCGGGUUUUCUUACAGUAUUAGACUGCGUAUUUCCAGGCUGUGCAUUUGAAGAGCUAUCUAUCAUUGAAGUUACAGCUCAAUGGACAUCCGUGUGCUGAUCUACGAUAUGUAGAUCAUUGAACAUUUUCAACCGCUGCAGUUUUCUGGAGUUAUCCUACCUGCUAAUAAGUCUCGGAAGGUUAACUGGGCUGUCAUCGCCAUGGAUACGACACAGGCCUUCCUCCUCUUGAGUUUAUGUGUCUACGGUUGUCAAGGCAACGCCCGCUCUACCCCGCGAGUGCAUUUGUCUUUCAAAGAGCUGUUGGAGACCAAGACGAUCCGGCCGUUCAGCUUCUCCUUCAACACGAGUGACUACCGCAUCCUGCAUAUGGACCAGGACCAGGGACGCCUCUACCUGGGCAGCCGGGAGUACGUGGUGGCCCUCGACAUGCAGAACAUCAACAAGGAGCCACUCAUAAUUCACUGGCCUGCCACAACCCAGAGGAAAGGGGAAUGCAGACUAACUGGAAAAGGUGGACAGGGAGAGUGUGCCAACUUCAUCCGGCUGAUUGAGCCGUGGAACCGCACGCACCUGUACGCCUGCGGCACCGGCGCCUACCGGCCAAUUUGCACAUUCAUCAACCGCGGCUGGAGGGCGGAGGAGUACCUGUUCAGGCUGGUGCCUGGCUAUGCGGACUCUGGCAAGGGGAAGUGUCCCUACGACCCACGGCAGGAGAGUGCAGCAGUUCUCAUCAAUGGGAACCUGUACGCUGGCGUCCACGUUGACUUCAUGGGCACGGACCCGGCCAUCUUCCGCACCCUGGGGGACAGGCCAGCUGUCAGGACCGAGCAGUACGACUCCAGGUGGCUCAACGACCCGGUGUUUGUGAAGAUCCAGAAGAUUCCAGACAGCGCGGAGAAGAAUGAUGAUAAGCUGUAUUUCUUCUUCAAGGAGAAGACCUUGGAUUCAGCUGGAGGGGCGAGUCCCAGUGUGCUGUCUCGUGUCGGGCGCGUCUGUCUGAAUGAUGAUGGAGGUCAAAGGUCGCUGGUGAACAAGUGGACAACCUUCCUGAAGGCUCGUCUGGUGUGCUCGGUCAUUGGCAGUGACGGAGUGGAGACCUACUUCGAUGAACUACGUGAUGUCUUCAUUCUGUCCACCCAGGAUGAGCGGAACCCCGUCGUAUACGCGGUCUUCUCCACCGCCGGCUCCGUGUUCAAGGGCUCAGCGGUGUGCGUCUACUCCAUGGCCGACAUCCGCAACGUCUUCAACGGUCCCUUCUCGCACAAGCACGGCCACAACUACCAGUGGACGCCCUACACGGGCAAGAUCCCGUACCCGCGCCCCGGAACGUGCCCCGGCGGGACCUUUACUCCGGGCCUGCGCUCCACUAAGGAGUUCUCGGACGAGGCGGUGAACUUUGUGCGCGCCCACCCCCUCAUGUACCACCCCAUCUACCCGCUCCACAAGCGACCCCUGGUGGUCAGGACGGGAGUUGACUACCGCUUCACCACCAUCGCCGUGGACCUGGUGGACGCGGCCGACGGCCGCUACGAGGUGCUCUUCCUGGGCACGGAUCUGGGAACUGUGCAGAAGGUGAUCGUCCUCCCCAGAGACCUGAGUUCUACAGAGGAGCUGAUUCUGGAGGAAGUGGAAGUGUUCAGGACCAAUGCUCCAGUGAAAACAAUGAGGAUUUCUUCAAAAAGGCAACAGCUGUACGUGUCGUCGGAGCGCGGCUUGACCCAGGUGUCACUGCACAGAUGCCCCGUCUACGGCAAGGCCUGCUCGGACUGCUGCCUGGCGCGGGACCCCUACUGUGCCUGGGACGGGGAGACCUGCGCACCCUUCACGCCGGCCACCAAGAGGCGGAGCAGGAGACAGGACAUCAAGCAUGGAGACCCCCUGCGGCAGUGUCGAGGCUUCAAUGCCAAAGUAGAGAAGAGGCUGAGGGAGACGGUGCAGUUUGGCGUGGAGGGCAGCAGCACCUUCCUGGAGUGCCAGCCCAGGUCCCCCCAGGCCUCCCUCAAGUGGCUCUACCAGAAGGAUGGCCGGCGCAAAGUGCUGAACCGUGACCGGGAGGUGCUGAAGACGGGCCAGGGCAUCCUGCUCAAGUCCCUGUCCCAGGCGGACGCCGGAACCUACCACUGCCUGGCCACCGAGAACAACUUCAAGCACACGGUGGCGCGCAUCUCCCUGCGUAUUCUGGACCGCGAGAUCGUGGAGGCCCUGACGGCGCCCGACGUGCCCGAGGACGAGGAGUCGGCCAUGGACCACGGCCACAACCCCCACCACCCGCGCUACCACCACCAACACCACCACCAGCAGCAGGAGGAGAACCAGAGGCAGCACCACCCACCACCACCAGCUCCACCCCAGGGACGUCCGGCCAAGCAGCCCUCGCAGCCGGAGGUGCGGCUGAUCAACCAGUACUGCCAGUCGUACUGGGAGCAGCAUGGAGGAGGUGCUGGGGCCGCUAAUGCGGGUGGAGGUGGUGCGGGAGGUGGAGGAGGUGGAGGAGGAGCAGGAGGAGGAGGAGGAGUGGGACGUGCACACAAGCCCAAGCGCACCAACCGGCGGCACACGGGGGAGCCUGAGGAGGAGGAGGAGGGGGAGCAGGGGGAGGUGAAGCAGGAGGAGGAGGUGCUGGUGCAGGAGCAGCCCCAAGACCACUAACAAUCAACUCUGUCCUGUCCCCUUGUCCCUUGGUCGGUCCCUUUUGUCCCUGACCCUCCAAACCAAACCAACCAAACGCCCUACACACACUUCCUCCCCUUCCCCUCCCCCUCCUGCAUCUCCCUUCAGGCCUGCUGUCCCACAUGACAAAGACGUUAUUACUUGUAAACCCCUUUCACACUCGAUGGAAAGCACAAACACACACGCACAACACAUGCACCAAUGUACAGAUACGCACGCACACAAACAGAAACAUGCAAACCAGCGCGCACACAGAUGUACACAC